GGAUAAUAUUCUGUGAUCCAUAGGGUUUUCAUUGGCUAAUUACCGGAAGUAGAUCCCCAGGCCUUUCUUUCUAGUCUCUCUGGGUCCUGAAGCUCCGGUGAAACCUGUUUACCAUGAAUGACCCAGCUGAUAUUUGAAAUACCACCGAUGGCAUAUCUUCCAAUAUCAUAGCAACACACAAGCCACCACAGUAGCCCUAUCUUAUCUUGAUAGGGAUAAGAUAUGAUGCUUUUGAAAAAUACUUAAAAUUCUAACUUCUUAAUAGGAAUUAUAGUGGUGAAUUCUAAUUUAAUUCUCUGUGUUUGCUGUGUGUAUGCUGAUAAAAUUUCUGUUGUUUCAAAUUAUAAAUUCCACUGGAGGAAGAGAACAUUCCCGGCAGUUGUAUAGUCACUUAAAAUCUGAACCCUCAGUAAUCAGAACUGUGCUCUGUACUCCUUAUAGCUAGGGAUUUUGGCUCCAAAUUUACAUGUCUCUGAGCUGGAAUAAUGGGACCUAGGCUGGGUUUCUUGGUAGCUCUUCAGCCCGUGGAAUGCAAUACCUAGGUGGUUCCCCAGGCAAAGGCAGAGAACUGCUUCACCUUCUAAUGAAGCUUGGUCAGUUCCUGGCCUUGGCCUUUCCUUUGCUUCAACUCUGCAGCCUUCAGCAGCCUCUUCACUUGGGUUAACUGAGGAGGUAGAGUGGGGCUUCCUCUCUGAAAGUUAACAGGUAAUUCCUGUUGGCUUUUUGGGGCUUUGUCCUAAAAUAGUAAAAGAAAAUCAUCAGAAGACUAUCUUUCUUGGUAUAGCACCUCCUUUACUUGCCCUGAGAAAAUCCCUUCAGCUCUGGGGUAAAAUUGACUAAUAAGUGUGGAUUGUAAAAAAAGGAAGCUUGGGGUAUUUCGUUAGGAGGCAUAAUGAAGGCAACCACUUCCUGCAGAACUAGGGGCAGCACCAGUUCUAGGGAAGCAGUUAACGGGGUGGCUUUCAAAGUGUCCGGUGAAUGGAGGAAGGAAAGAAGGUAGCUGCCAUCAAGAGGCCAGCAUUUAGACGGGCUGUAUAAAGAGCUGUAGUGUCUCAGAUGACAAGUUCCCUUUGUCAGCAGAUAUUUUAUUGUGUCCUUGUGGUCAAUGUCUUUCUCUGAGCAGGUAUGCAGGAGUCCCUGAAAUGUGUCACAGGAUCCCACACAGAAACUCAUCAACAAGCCAAGCAGAAUGGAACUGAUGAAAGGGCCUUCACUGACGCAGGAGCCUGAGUGAGACUGACAGACUUGCCUGCACCAUGAAUUUGUGUCUACCUUCUGUGCUUUGAGAGACCUGGGCUGGUGAAGUUGCCUGAGAGCAAUGGCUCUCUUUACUCCUUGGAAGCUGUCAUCUCAGAAGCUGGGGUUUUUCCUGGUGACUUUUGGCUUCAUUUGGGGUAUGAUGCUCCUGCAUUUUACCAUCCAGCAGCGAACUCAGCCUGAGAGCAGCUCCAUGCUGUGUGAGCAGAUCCUGGACCUCAGCAAAAGGUACAUCAAGACGCUGGCGGAUGAAAACAGGAACGUGGUGGAUGGGCCAUACGCUGGUGUCAUGACAGCUUAUGAUCUGAAGAAGACUCUUGCCGUGUUACUGGAUAAUAUUUUGCAGCGCAUUGGCAAGUUGGAGUCGAGGGUGGACAAUCUCGUAAUCAAUGGCACGGGAGUGAACUCGACCAACUCCACUACAGCUGUUCCAAGCUUGGUUGCACUUGAAAAAAUUAAUAUGGCAGAUAUUAUUAAUGGAGCUCAAGAAAAGUGUGUAUUGCCUCCUAUGGAUGGCUACCCCCACUGUGAGGGGAAAAUCAAGUGGAUGAAAGAUAUGUGGCGCUCGGAUCCCUGCUACGCAGACUACGGAGUGGAUGGGUCCACCUGCUCCUUUUUUAUUUACCUCAGUGAGGUUGAAAAUUGGUGUCCUCGUUUACCUUGGAGAGGGAAAAAUCCCUAUGAAGAAGCUGAUCAUAAUUCAUUGGCAGAAAUUCGUACAGAUUUUAAUAUUCUCUACAAUAUGAUGAAAAAGCAUGAAGAAUUCCGGUGGAUGAGACUCCGGAUCCGGCGAAUGGCUAAUGCGUGGAUCCAGGCAAUCAAGUCCCUGGCAGAAAAGCAGAAUCUUGAAAAAAGAAAGAGGAAAAAAGUCCUCGUUCACCUGGGACUCCUGACCAAGGAAUCUGGAUUUAAGAUUGCAGAGACAGCUUUCAGCGGUGGCCCUCUUGGUGAAUUAGUUCAGUGGAGUGAUUUAAUUACAUCUCUGUACUUACUGGGCCAUGACAUUAGGAUUUCAGCUUCACUGGCUGAGCUCAAGGAAAUAAUGAAGAAGGUUGUAGGAAACCGAUCUGGCUGCCCAACUGUAGGGGAUAGAAUCGUUGAACUCAUUUAUAUUGAUAUUGUGGGACUCGCUCAGUUCAAAAAAACUCUUGGACCAUCCUGGGUUCAUUACCAGUGCAUGCUCCGAGUCCUAGACUCAUUUGGCACUGAACCAGAAUUUAAUCAUGCUAAUUAUGCCCAGUCUAAAGGCCACAAAACACCCUGGGGAAAAUGGAAUCUGAACCCUCAGCAGUUUUAUACCAUGUUUCCACAUACUCCAGACAACAGCUUUCUGGGGUUUGUGGUGGAGCAGCACCUGAACUCCAGUGACAUCCACCACAUUAACGAAAUCAAAAGGCAGAACCAGUCCCUUGUGUAUGGCAAAGUGGAUAGCUUCUGGAAGAAUAAGAAGAUCUACUUGGACAUUAUUCACACAUAUAUGGAAGUACAUGCAACAGUCUACGGCUCUAGCACCAAGAAUAUUCCCAGUUACGUGAAAAAUCAUGGUAUCCUCAGUGGCCGGGACCUGCAAUUUCUUCUCCGAGAAACCAAGUUGUUUGUUGGACUUGGAUUCCCUUAUGAGGGCCCGGCUCCCCUGGAGGCCAUUGCCAAUGGGUGUGCUUUUCUGAAUCCCAAGUUCAACCCACCCAAAAGCAGCAAAAACACAGAUUUUUUCAUUGGCAAGCCAACUCUGAGAGAGCUGACAUCUCAACAUCCUUAUGCUGAAGUUUUCAUCGGCCGGCCACACGUGUGGACUGUUGACCUCAACAACCAGGAGGAAGUGGAGGAUGCAGUGAAAGCAAUUUUAAAUCAAAAGACUGAGCCGUACAUGCCGUAUGAAUUCACAUGUGAGGGGAUGCUACAGAGAAUCAACGCUUUCAUCGAAAAACAGGACUUCUGCCACGGGCAGGUGAUGUGGCCACCUCUCAGUGCCCUGCAGGUCAAGCUUGCUGAGCCUGGGAAGUCCUGCAAGCAGGUGUGCCAGGAGAGCCAGCUCAUCUGUGAGCCAUCCUUCUUCCAGCACCUCAACAAGGACAAGGACAUGCUCAAAUACGAGGUGAUCUGCCAAAGCUCCGAGCUGGCCAAGGACAUCCUGGUGCCCUCCUUUGACCCCAAGAACAAGCACUGUGUGUUUCAAGAGGACCUGCUGCUCUUCAGCUGUGCGGGCGCCCACCCCAGGCACCAGAGGAUCUGCCCUUGCCGGGACUUCAUCAAGGGCCAGGUGGCCCUCUGCAAAGACUGUCUAUAGCGGCCAUCCUCCCGGCCCCGGGCCGAUGCUGCUGGGAAGGACAGCGGCCCCAGCCCCGUCGGGCAUGGCCAAGGGGCAGACGCCCUUCUGGGACACCUGCCAGCCCUGACCUCUUUGGUGGGAAGGUCUCCGUCGGGCUUAGCUCCUGCUGCAGUCCGAGCUUUACAGCGGAGGAGUUUCCACAGAAACAAAACGCUGGUGGACAUCUGGCCAGGAGCCUGGCCUCUCCCUGGCCAUAGCUGCAUUGGUAUUUUUUGAGGAACAAUUGUGGAGAGACUUUAUCGAUGCAGCUGCUCCAGGGUGAAAAGAAAACCUCCAGUUCAUUUAAAAAAAAAAAAAAAAA